GCUAGGUAGACAGCAGAUAGGCUAACCUAAACGGUGGCAUGCCGGAUGCAGGCACUGGCUGCAAUGGCUUCGGCGCCAGCACUGAGUCAGCCGAACGCCUUUGUAAUGAUGCUUUAAGCGAUUGGAACGUUCUCUCUGCUGCUUUGAAAGGCAACUGUGAGGAAGCGUCACGGCAUCUUUCGCAUUUGCUACGAUGCGAGCCGGAUCUUGUGCGCAGCUUGCAGCUGGUGGACAAGCUCCGCCUUUACCUGGAGCUGCCUUUGCCGUUACGGCUGCUCCUACAUCAGCACAGCCUAGUGCUUGCGGUGCUGCCCCUACCGCAGCUGGUCAGCUUGCUGGACUCACCACCCGAACAGCUGGCAGCUGCUCUAGACGAAUUGGCACCGCCGGUGUCGCCCUUUGCCGUACAUCGCGGCAGCCACAGCAGCACUAUUUCCGGAGGCAGAGGAGGCAGCUGCUCAGGGGCCAGAUGGGGUGGACCGGGUGAAACGUUACUAACGUUCGUGCGAAGCGGAUGGUUGUCGUACGAUCCGGAUUGCCCUGGGCUUGCUUCAUCAUCACUAUCACCAUCACCAGCAGCAGCAACAGCAACAGCAACAACAUCGGCACCAGGAGUUGCAGCAGCAGGCGCGUCGGCGCUGACUCAGCAACAGCACCUCACCUGCUGCCUUCCCCCCCAAUCGCAAGAGCAGCAACGCCACCCCGGCCACCUGUCAUCACAUGCUAGCAAACCGCAUCAUCACCAUCAGCAGCAGCAGCAGGGGCGCGGCGAGCACGUGUCUCGGUACGUGUGGGACCCUCAUCAGCACC